ACAUUAUCGCCAGUGCUGCGGCAACGAGUCGCCGACCGGUCGUGUCUCUGUGUGCCAUUCAUAUUAUAACGAAAAUGCUCAAAGUACUCAGGGGAACGCGGAGAUUAUACGUCCAAUGCCGAAACAACAGCCAAGCCGUCGUCAUAGGCAGCGAGCCGAACAGAAACGACCCAUAUUUCCAGGAGAAUAAACUCAAAAUGGACGAGCUGGUCGAUGAACUUCGCCGGAAAACCGGUGAAGUUCUCAAAGGCGGCCCAGAAGAUUCGGUUAAGAGGCAUAUUUCACGGGGGAAAUUGCUCGUUAGAGACAGGAUUAACCGGUUAGUGGACGAGGGCAGCGACGUUUUGGAACUGAGCACGUUGGCUGCAACUGAUAUGUAUAAAGGUCAGGUGCCGUGUGCCGGCAUCGUCACUGCUAUUGGAAAAGUUCACGGCCACGAAUGCAUGAUCAUCGCGAAUGACGCGACUGUCAAAGGAGGAACUUAUUUUCCUAUCACUGUGAAGAAACAUUUGCGCGCGCAGUCUAUCGCACAAGAGUGUCGGCUUCCCUGUAUUUACCUCGUGGAUUCCGGUGGUGCUCACUUGCCUGAUCAAGCAGAAGUAUUCCCCGAUAGAGAGCACUUUGGGAGGUCUUUUUAUAACCAAGCUAAUAUGUCAGCAGAGGGCAUUCCUCAGAUAUCGGUCGUAAUGGGAUCAUGCACCGCCGGCGGAGCAUAUGUUCCUAGUAUGUCUGAUGAGAGUAUUAUUAUUAAGAAUCAAGGAACCAUUUUCUUAGCCGGACCACCAUUGGUGAAAGCAGCUACUGGAGAGUCAGUGUCUGCGGAAGAUCUGGGAGGAGCAGACUUACAUUGCCGCCAAUCUGGUGUCACUGACCAUUAUGCUAUAGACGACGAACACGCUCUAGCUUUAGCUAGGAAUGUUGUUGCUAAUUUGAACUGGAAUAAUGAACAAAGAGCCAGAAUUUAUUCAGCAAAAAUUGACGAACCAGUACAUAAUAUUGACGAUUUACAUGGUAUCGUGGGAGCAAAUAUACAAAGACCUUUUGACAUUCGUGAAGUUAUUGCUAGGAUCGUUGAUGGAAGCAGAUUUCAUGAAUUUAAACAGUUAUACGGGGAAACUUUAAUAUGUGGUUUUGCAUCUCUUUAUGGCCAUCCCAUAGGAGUAAUAGGAAACAAUGGUGUGUUAGAGUCUGAAGCGGCUUUAAAAGGAUCUCAUUUCAUUCAACUGUGUGCAACUCGUAAAAUACCGUUGCUAUUUCUUCAAAACAUCACGGGUUUCAUGGUUGGAAAAGAUGCCGAAGCAGGUGGUAUUGCAAAAAAUGGUGCUAAAAUGGUAACAGCAGUUAGUUGUUUUAAAGGACCAAAAAUAACUGUUAUAGUUGGUGGUAGUUUUGGUGCUGGAAAUUAUGGGAUGUGUGGGCGAUCUUUUUCUCCCAGCUUUAUGUAUAUGUGGCCAAAUGCUAGAAUAUCAGUGAUGGGUGGACCUCAAGCAGCUACCGUGUUAUCUUUAAUCGCUAAAGAGAAAGCGCUUAGGGAAGGCAAGGAAUGGACUGAUGAAGACGAAAGAAAAGUGAGAGCUCCUUUGGAAGCUCAGUUCGAGAGAGAAGGUAUACCUUAUUAUAGUACAGCAAGAUUGUGGGAUGACGGAAUCAUAGCUCCAAAAGAUACGAGAAAAGUCAUAGGUCUUAGUUUAUCGGCUGCUUUGAAUGCUCCAUUCAGGGAUAGCAAAUUCGGUGUUUUCAGAAUGUGAUUUAAUCUAAAUACAUAUAAAUAUAUAUUGAAUAAUUUUGUAGGUGUGUUUACGUUUGUGAUAUAGACAUACAAGUGUCAUUUUCGUCAUAUCUUAUCGUAAGCAGAUAAGACUGUUGUUAACGAUUAUUUGCAUGUGUAACUGAGUUCAUAAAAGUGUCUUUAAACGUUGAGGGUCUUUAAACCAAUUUUAAAUAUACAAAAAUUAAUUCUUAAAAAAUUAUCAUAAUGGAUUCAAUGAGAGUGAAUCUCGUAAGAUAGACUGCUUAAUAUAUUUCUGACUUCUAAUUCGUAAAAAACUGUAAUCAAAGUUUCUAAUAUUAAUUAUAAAUUUAUUUUAGAAAUGCAUCCAAUUAUAGAACAAAGUGGAGACUUUAUCAUUAAAAUUUAAGUUUCAUAAGUAUUAAGUUUUUCUGUAAAAUCGAAAUAUUAAUUAUAUUAAAUGCCAAAGCCAUUAUUUAGUUAAAUAAAAAAGUUUAAAAACGUUUGUGUUAAAUAUCGGCAACAUAAAAUGUUGGUUACUAUUUGUACUGAAUUUAUGAGGCAAGUAUCUGGAUCUAUAAAAUAAAUGCCUGAAAAAUUAAAAUUAUGUAAUAUCCACCUUAAACUAUCUACGUCGUCGUCGGUACAGUUGAAUGUUAGUGGGAUCAAUGGAAUACUAUUUAUUGGUAUGUUCAAGUUGGUCAGUUGAAUUAAUGUAAAGAGAUCUGCCCGACCGGUCAUAGGCAGCAAUUGUAUCGUUCGUAGACGGCUUUAGUUUAUUUCCAAAGACUGUGUUAUCUAUUUGUAAGCGUUAUGUUUAAUUGUCGUUCCUUUGUUUAAAAUUGUUUAGGAUAAAUAAUAUAUUUUACAUGUUUUAA